AUCCUCACGUGGCUGUGAGUCAGGCGUUAGUAACUCUCCUUUCCACACGAGGCGCUCAAAGAAUGAAAGUGAUGAAGGCGUUUGCCCAAAGCCCCACGUUUGUAAGAGGAAGCGCCCAGAUUUGGGGCCACGCCUCACUGCUGCCUCUGGGUUUCCAGAUCCCCUGAGGAGGAGUGGCCAGCGUGGCCUCUUGGCGCAAACCCGCCUCCCCUGGAACUCCAGGGGCCCUCAGGCCCUCUGCGCUGUGCCCACCUGUCAGGGUGCCCCGCUCCCGGUCUGCAGCCUUUGCGCCCCCACUGGCCCUGAGCCCCUGUGUCCUGGUUUCUCUGUGGUGUGGUGCAUGGGCAGGUUCCAGGGGGGUUUCCUGCAGAUGUCAGGUUUGAUACACAGCAGCCUUGGCUCAUCGCCCGGUCUCCUGGGACGAUAGCGCUCCCCGUCCCAGUGCCGUGGCUGGAGCUGCUCGCCCGAUUCCCCACCUAAAGGGCCCGAAGGAUGGGGCCACGGCCCAUGUGCGCCUCCCCUCCCGUGGAGCUGGAAGCCAGGCACCCUGGGGGCCAUGCAGAAGGCGGGGGCUGGGGGCCGCAGGGCCUCUGACUGCGGGCUGGCCCCUCACCGGCCCAGGUGCAUCACCAAGUUUGCCCAGUACGUGGGCUCCUUCCCUGUGGAUGACCUGGACACCCAGGAGAGCGUGUGGCUGGUGCAGCAGCAGCUGUGGGCGCUGAAGGACUGUCCCCGACGCCGGGCCGUCAUCCUGAAAUUCAGCCUUCAGGGUCUCAAGAUCUACAGCGGGGAGGGUGAGGUGCUGCUGAUGGCUCACGCCCUGAGGCGCAUACUCUACUCCACCUGGUGCCCUGCCGACUGCCAGUUUGCCUUCAUGGCUCGAAACCCACAGAGCCCAGCCAGCAAGCUCUUCUGCCACCUCUUUGUGGGCAGCCAGCCAGGAGAGGUCCAGAUCCUGCACCUGCUGCUGUGCCGCUCUUUCCAGCUGGCUUACCUCUUGCAGCACCCUGAGGAGCGGGCACAGCCAGAGCCCUGCCCAGGGCCCACAGGGGAGGUGCCCCUGAAGCCACUGUCCAGCUCUGGGGGCCUGGUGCGGGAGCCCUUCGGCCGUGAUCAACUCUCUCAGAACGUCCAUGCCCUGGUCUCCUUUCGGCGGCUGCCAGCAGAGGGGCUGGUGGGCAGUGGGAAGGAGCUGCCAGAGUCGGAAGGCCGUGCCCGCCAUGCCCGCCUGGGGAAUCCCUACUGCUCGCCCACGCUGGUGCGCAAGAAGGCCAUUCGCAGCAAGGUGAUCCGCUCGGGGGCCUACCGCGGCUGCACCUAUGAGACCCAGCUGCAGCUGUCGGCUCGGGAGGCCUUUCCUGCCGCAUGGGAGGCAUGGCCCCGGGGUCCUGGUGGCCACUCGUGCCUGGUGGAGAGCGAGGGCAGCCUGACGGAGAACAUCUGGGCCUUCGCUGGCAUCUCCAGGCCCUGUGCCCUGGCCCUGUUGCGGAGAGAUGUGCUGGGGGCCUUCCUGCUGUGGCCUGAGCUGGGUGCUAGUGGCCAGUGGUGUCUGUCCGUGCGCACGCAGUGCGGCGUGGUGCCCCACCAGGUCUUCCGGAACCACCUGGGCCGCUACUGCUUGGAGCACCUGCCGGCAGAGUUCCCCAGCCUGGAGGCUCUGGUGGAGAACCACGCGGUUACUGAACGUAGCCUCUUCUGUCCCCUCGACAUGGGCCGCCUGAACCCCACCUACGAGGAGCAGGACUGUGGGCCCCCAGGCAGGCCGCCCCGGACUCUCCGGCCCCUCAGCCAUGCCAAGUCCGAGGCAGAGCUGCAGGGCCUGGGCUAAGAGGUAGGGCCCCAGUCCCACAGGCCCCGCCUCACCCCGGCUCCUGGGCCCCAGCAGCAUCUCUGCCUGUCUUGCACCCCUCUGGUCGCCAGUUCCAUCCAGUCACCCUGCCCUUGGAGCAGUCUUCCAUCGCGUCACUGUCCGUGGGAGGGGAGCCCUGAGGGUGGGUAUCGCCAAUGGCUUCUUGGAGAACAUGUGGCCCGCUGAGAUUCCAGGAGGGCAGGUGGAGUUGCAGGCUUCGGAUAACCCUUUGGGUGGCUUCGGAUGCUUUGGGACUUCUGGGCUUCUGCUUUACUCCUGGGGCAGGAGCUUGUUCACGGCAAAGCUGCAGCCCUCUCCUAAGGAGGCUAGGCCUUGGGGCCCUGACUGGGAGUCUCCAGAAAGAGGGGUUUGGGGAGGCAGGAGUGAGUUUUUACUCUGGGCAAAGACCGGUGGGAAGGUGCAGAGAGGGCAGGAGGGACAGAGGGCUGUGCCUAAUGCUCACGCACAGUGGACUCCUGUGUGCAGAAAGGGAUGUGCACCAGCAGACAGGGCCAAGAAUCUCCAUGCUGUCUCCACUCAAAACCUCAGGGCUGUGACUCCCACUUUCUCAGAAGGGAUGCGCAGGCUCACCCCUUCCCCCUACGAAUCACCAGGGCACCCCCACCCCCAGCUCAUCUCCUUUAGCCAUUUGACAGGGAGGGGCCAGCAGUGAGCUGCAGGCUUAGAGGGGUGACCAGGUCCCUUCCUAACUCGACCGCACAUGGUUUGGUGGCUGCCUUGGGAGGGAGGCUGUCCGAUGCUGACAUUCCCCUUAGCAUGGCCCUGACCGUGGCUGUCAGGGGCCACCUCGCCUCACCAGGCCAGCCCCACUGGGAAUGGGGUCAGUCACAGCAGAACCGUCGAAAGGUGGACCUGAUGUGGGCCCUGCCGGGGGCGCUUGGCCUCAGUGGGCCAUGGGAGACCCAGGGAAACGACUCUAGUGUGAGGCAGUGGUCCUGCCAGUGACUGACAAACCCAGGUAUCCCUCUUUGUAAGCAAACUUGACAAAUAAUGAAUCUACUGAACUCAGUUAUAGAACAAGUUCAUUUUGCAUGAACUUAUCUUAUUGAAGCAGAAGCCACGUCAUGAGCCUGGGGGCUGCCCUCUCCCCGUCUGGGAGUGGGACAGAACUGUUCAGUGCCUUGAAAGUCACAGAUUUCUGACUCCUGGAAGGAACUGGGCAGUCCCACCAGAGCAGAAAGAAAGGAGGCAAACUUGGGGAGUGAGAAGCCAGCCUCCCAGAGGCCCAGGCCUCGUGUUCCCCACCUCCAACCCUCCCGUGAGGAGAGGGGCUUGGCCUGGGACCUUGUAACUUCCUUGCAAGUUAAGUGAGCUAUCCUGUCACAAAAGAUAGAAGGAACUGCCCUUUGGGACUUCUUUUCACUGGAAACCCAGCACUGGUUUUAUGUUGAGUGAGUGGGAAGCUGGGACUCUGUUUUACAGCCAUCUGUACUGGAGCCUGGACAAACCACUGGUCUCUAUGGGAGGCCCCACCCUCACAUUUCCCUGGCAAGGAGAGAGAGGUUUAGCCAUGUCCUGGGCCUAGGAUUACAGCCCAGAGAUGGGCACUUAAGAAGACCUGGUCAUUGGUCCAGACUUGGGCCAAGGCUCUCCUCUGUGAGGGAUGGGUUUUACUGGUGAAUUACCUGUGUGGAGAAGCUAUCAGGGCCAUGUUUAGCACACUGAAGGGACCAGUCUCCACCAAGCACUUUAACAUCCCUCCAGCCAGCAUUGAUUGAUCUCGUGUUACAGAGAGGGCAAGGUUUUUGGCCCCUGUUUGCAGACUCCAUGUCUUAAUCAGAGACCACAGUUUUCCCUUUGUUCCAAUCUGCGCCACCUCGGUAGCCCCACUUUCCUUGCUGUGUGGACUUGAAACAAAAUAAAAUGUGUUGCUUCA